AUGCUCCAAGACAGAGUUUUUGAGGAACACUGGGACCUCACAAGAAGAAUCGUGAUUUUGGGAAAAACUGGAUCUGGAAAGAGCAGCUUUGCAAACACCUUGUUUGGAGAGAAUGUGUGUAACCCAAAUCAUUCUGCAGUAUCUGGAACUCAACACUGUCAAGCAGAAACAGGAACAGUCAAUGGGAAAAGCAUUAAACUCAUUGACACUCCUGGUUUUUUUGACACUGUCAGAAGUGACAAAGAGAUGAAGGAUGAAAUCUUAAAAUGUUUUAUUGAGAGUGCUCCUGGUCCUCAUGUUUUUAUAAUUGUACUCAGAGUGGGUAAAUACACACAGCAAGAGAAGGAGAUCAUUAAUAAAAUGACUGAAUAUUUCUCGGAAGAGGCUCUAAAGUUCACCACAGUGCUUUUUACCCAUGGUGACCAGCUGCCCGAAGGAACAACAAUUGAGGAGUUUGUCAGUAAGAGUAAAGAUUUAGAUGAACUUGUAAAGAAAUGUGGCGGCCGCUGCAACGUCAUUGAUAAUAAAUACUGGAAGAUCCCUCAGGAUGGCUACAGAAGCAAUGAGGUCCAGGUUAAAGAGCUUUUAAACACGGUAGACAGGAUUAUUGAGGGGAACAGUGGUCAGCCCUACACCAAAGAGAUGCUAAAGAAAUUAAACACAGAUUUAGAAAAAGAGCAGGAACGCAUUAAGGCAGAAACUCCUCAUCUUUCACGACAUGACAUUAAAGAAAAAGCUAAAGCUGUGGUCCAGGAGAACUGGGCCCAGAAAUUUUUAAACGACACUAAAGAGGUCUUACUUAAAUCUUUUCUGAGUGGUGGCUCCUACUACUACUGA